AUGCUACGAUAUUUAGCAAAUUGCGCUUACUGCUACAAUCAUACCAUACCUUCUCGCAUGCUUUCUCUGAAUAUAUUCGUAACGAGCUUAAAAUUAACCUUAUUGCAGAAACACGCGAACAAUCUGCAGCCACAUAUUGUCGUCAUGCAGGAUCUCCUCUCUGAUGACCUCGAUGGCAAGAUGACGUAUAAUUUUUACGAAAUGAGACGGCGUAACAACGAAAUUGCUAAUGAUGUGCAACAUGAACUGAAUGCAACUACUGCUGAUGUUGACAACGAAACGCAAUGUGACUGGAAUUCUCCUUCAAGUUACUUCGAACUCAAUAAUUCUGCUUCAUUGCAAUCAAGGAUCUACGAAGCAGGAUAUAUCCUUAAACGGACUAUGGAAUUACGUGACCCAAAUCUUGUUAGUGAUCGUAAAGGAUAUUUGCAGUCUUUUUUGUCAUGCAUGAUUGGUACGGAAAUGGUUGACUGGUUGAGUACUCUUGCUACCGAAACGUUGGAUUCAACCAAAAAUAUAUCAUUGACACGUUUUCAAGUGGUUGGUAUGUGGCAGGCAUUGUUGGAAAAUGGUAUCAUCGCACAUGUAAGCAACGAAUUACAGUUUGCCGACAAGCAUAUCUUUUAUCGUUGGACUAAUGGUAUCACAAGUAGCGUUCAUAUGAGGUUAACAUCCGGUGUGAUAUUUGACGGAGAACAAGAAUCGGUACCAUACGUUAGUGAUAUUGCCGCAGCCAUAUCUUUCCUCAAUACCAUUGGACCUGAUUCGUUGUUUCGCAUGAUUCUCUGCAAACCGUCGUUGGAACGUACUUUGCAAGAACUAGAGCACGUCUACAGGGAACUAUUACACGUAAAAGCACUAACUCAUCUGAGUACAAUGGUGAAACGUGAAUUGGCCGCGGUUGUUUUCUUCGAACAGCACCAACAUGCUGGACAUGUACUGUUCCGGCAGGGUGAUGUGGGCAUAUGUUGGUAUAUCAUCCUCAAAGGAUCCGUUGAUGUUAUCAUACACGGAAAAGGUGUUGUUUGUACUCUUCGUGAAGGUGACGAUUUUGGUAAAUUAGCUCUGGUAAAUGAUGCGCCUCGCGCUGCUACUGUAGCUCUUCGUCAAGACAAAUCACAGUUUUUGCGUGUUGACAAGGACGAUUUCAAUCGCAUUUUACGAGAUGUGGAGGCUAAUACCGUACGAUUGAAAGAACAUGGACAGGAUGUGCUCGUAUUGGAGAAGAUGAAUGCGGUGUAUCAAACGUUCAACGAUGCUUAUCACACUUCCGUUGCAGUUGCAGUUAAUGCUGUGGCAAUAGACGCUCUCGAUGAUUUGGCUGCAGACAUAAGGCCAAGAUGUUGUUACUCGGUGGUGGCUGGGAUGCCGGAGAAAACCGUAGAAUAUUUGUUGGAAACUCGAAUAGACGCGCAAACCGAUGAUGGCUUGGUGGAUACAUUUUUGGAGGAUUUCAUUCUUACACAUAUCAUUCAUAUGCCCGUUAACAUUUUAUGCAGUUAUCUUAAAAAUUAUUACAUGCGUGGUUCCACCGUCGGAAUGGAUGGUACACUACCAACAGACAAUUAUGAGCACAAAAUUGUCGCAAAACGACGUGUGGUUACCUUUCUGAAUUUAUGGGUACAAAUUCUUGGUUUACGAUUCUUUCUUGAUCCUGCAUCUAACAGUUUCGUUGAGGAAUUGUAUUGUUACGUUCUGGAAGAUAGUCGACAGUUUCCAGAAAUGUUGUCAAAUCUGGAAGCAAUGUGCGCAAUUCGACAGCUUCGUGAAAGUGCCAUGCAAACGAUUAACAGGCAUUCAUCAGUAGUACUUGACUGUGGUGUUUACUGUAGCUAUGCUCCGGCACCGAACCCCGUACUACCAUUUGAUACCUGUAACCAAGUAAUUUAUCUGUCCGACACAAGCUCUUUCAUAAUGAGCAUAAGACUUGAUAAAACUGCUGCUGAUAUCUGUGAAAUGGCAAAAACAAAAAUGCUUUAUAAUGGCUCCAACGAGGAACUGCAAUUAGUUGAAGUGAAAAGCAGUGGAGAAAGAAUAAUCUUUGCACCGAAUGAUAUCAGUAUUCCGACAAUGAUAUCACUAAACGGACGUUUAUACAUCGUUUAUAAUAAUCAAAUCGAAACGCUGACUCCAAUGCCGCAACAAGUUGGUCCAUUAGAGAUUAUCCAUUCCUCAUUGCUGGACUGUUUAAGUAGUAUUGAUAUUGCUCAACAAUUGCUGAUUUUUCACACCCAACUGUUCGAAGCAACCGAUGAUAUCGAACUUAUCACUCAGGUAUUUGGACGAGAGCAGUUUCCUAAUCGGAUAACAUCAAAUUUAGAUCUUCUAAUGCGACGUUUCAACGAAGUACAAUUUUGGACAACAACUGAAGUAUUGCUUGCUCAAGGCAACGCAAAACGUCUUUCCAUUCUCAAAAAAUUUAUCAAAAUUGCCGCACACGCAAAGGAAAACAAGGACUUGUUGUCAUUAUUUGCGAUUAUCUUAGGUCUCAGUAAUGUUGCUGUUAGUCGGAUCACUCAUCUUUGGGAUAAACUUCCAUCUAAGAUGAAGCAACAGUACGCGGAGUUCGAAGAAUUGCUUGACCCAUGCCGUAAUCACCGUGCUUAUCGGAUGCUUACAGCCAAUAUGAGUGCACCAACGGUGCCAUUUAUUCCACUGCUUCUCAAAGAUUUAACAUUUACACAUGAGGGCAAUAAGACCUACUUCGCUGGUUUGAUCAAUUUCGAAAAAAUGCACAUGAUUGCUAACGUUUUGCGGGGCUUUAGGCAGUGCAAAUAUCCAGCUUUCGCCUUCGAACGGAAGGUUUUCAAGUCAAAAAACCUUGUUAGGAAUUUCAAAGUGAUCGACAAUCAGCGGCGUCUGAUGGAAUUAUCUUAUCAAAUUGAGCCAUCAAAAAAAAACGUUUGUAGUAACAGUGUUCAUAUCGUUCUAGCAAAUUAAUAUCCGUAGUGAAAGCAAAAAUGGUGGUCGGUGAAUGUAAUACUAGCAAAAAUAACAAACUGAUUUCGUACAGAGUAAAAUUGGUGCUCUCACGGAGCGGCAAUUAUGGCAGAGCUCUAAAAAUAGCAAUAAGUG